AUGACUGGUCGCGAAACGCGUGGGCAUGGCGAGCAGCAGCUAGCGCCAACGGACGCGCAGUUCGUGCCGGUCGCGCCCUCUGAGUCAGAGCUAGACAAGAAGGCGCAGGAGUGGCGGGCACUGAACAGCAAGCGGUACGACACGAAGCGGCGGAUGGGGUUUGCAGAGCAGGAGAAGGCCGACAUGCCCGCUGAACACCUGCGCAAAAUCAUCAAGGACCACGGGGACAUGAGCGCUCGCAAGUUCCGGCACGACAAGCGCGUCUACCUGGGAGCGCUGAAGUACGUGCCACAUGCAGUGCUGAAGCUGCUGGAGAACAUGCCGAUGCCGUGGGAGCAGGUGCGCGAAGUACCGGUUCUGUACCAUGUCACAGGCGCGAUCACGUUUGUGAACCAGAUUCCGUGGGUGAUCGAGCCCGUGUAUUUGGCGCAGUGGGGCACGAUGUGGAUUAUGAUGCGGCGUGAAAAGCGCGACCGCAAGCAUUUUAAGCGCAUGCGGUUCCCGCCGUUCGACGAUGAGGAGGCGCCGCUGGAUUAUGGCGACAAUCUGUUGGACGUCGAGCCGCUGGAGGCGAUCCAGAUGGAGCUGGACGAGGAGGACGAUGCGCCGGUCAUAAACUGGCUGUACGACAACAUGCCGCUGGCUGAUGAAGAUGACGAGGACAGCGAUAGCGACUCCGACGACGGGGACAAGCGCAAAGCCCCAUUUAGGCGCGUCAACGGCACGUCGUACAAGCGCUGGCGGCUGGACUUGCCGGUGAUGGCGAAUCUGCACCGGCUGGCGGGGCAGCUGCUGUCAGACAUGAUUGAUCCAAACUACUUUUAUCUGUUCGACCUGAACUCGUUCAUCACGGCCAAGUGCCUGAACAUGGCGAUUCCGGGCGGGCCAAAGUUUGAACCAAUGUACCGCGACAUCAACCCGGCAGACGAGGACUGGAACGAAUUCAAUGACAUCAACAAGAUCAUCAUCCGGCAGCCGAUCCGCACCGAGUACAAGGUGGCGUUCCCGCACCUCUACAAUUCGCUGCCGCGCAACGUGCGUGUGUCGGCGUACCACACGCCGGCCGUGCAGUAUGUGAAGCCAGACGAUCCAGACCUGCCGGCGUUCUACUUUGAUCCGGUGAUCAACCCGAUCUCGUCGCGCAGCCUGGUGUCGCAGUUCCAGGAUGACGCGCGCGCAGUGGAGGACGAGAUUUUUGGUGACGGCGAUGAGGAUGACGAGUUUGUGCUGCCAGAGCACGCAUCGGCGUUCCUGGAGGACACACCGUUGGAAACAGAUAACACGGCUAACGGAAUUGCCCUGUACUGGGCGCCGCACCCGUUCAGUGCUCGGUCGGGACGCACACGGCGCGCCGAGGACGUGCCGCUGGUGAAGGACUGGUACAUGGAGCGGUGCCCGCAGGGGAUGCCGGUCAAGGUGCGGGUGUCGUACCAGAAGCUGCUGAAGAACUACGUGCUGAAUGCAAUCCGGACGCAGCCGCCCAAGGCGCAGCGCAAAAAGUACCUGUUCCGGCAGUUCAAGGCCACAAAGUUCUUCCAGUCGACUGAGAUCGACUGGGUGGAGGCCGGACUGCAGGUGUGCCGGCAGGGGCACAACAUGCUGAAUCUGCUGAUCCACCGCAAGAGCCUCAAUUAUCUGCACCUGGACUACAACUUCAACCUGAAGCCAGUCAAAACGCUGACCACCAAGGAGCGCAAGAAGAGCCGCUUCGGCAAUGCGUUCCACUUGUGCCGCGAGAUCCUGCGGCUGACCAAGCUGAUUGUCGACUCACACGUGCAGUACCGACUCGGCAACGUCGAUGCGUUCCAGCUCGCCGACGGGCUGCAGUACCUGUUUGCGCACGUGGGACAGCUCACGGGCAUGUACCGGUACAAGUACCGGCUGAUGCGGCAGAUUCGGGCGUGCAAGGAUUUGAAGCACGUGAUCUACUCCAACGCCAACAAGGGCAUCGGCAAGGGCCCAGGCAUCGGGUUCUGGGCGCCGGGCUGGCGCGUCUGGCUGUUCUUCCUGCGCGGCAUCGUGCCGCUGCUGGAGCGCUGGCUGGGCAAUCUGCUGGCGCGGCAGUUCGAGGGCCGGCACUCCAAGGGCAUCGCAGCGUCAGUGACCAAGCAGCGCGUGGACUCGCACUUUGACCUGGAGCUGCGGGCAGCCGUCAUGCACGAUAUCCUCGACAUGAUGCCCGAGGGCAUCCGCGGCAACAAGAGCAAGGUCAUUCUGGCGCAUCUGUCGGAGGCCUGGCGGUGCUUUGCGCCCGAGACGCGCGCGAACAUUCCGUGGCAGGUGCCCGGCAUGCCGCAGGCGGUGGAGAACAUGAUUCUGCGGUACGUCAAGUCCAAGGCCGACUGGUGGAUGUCAGUGACGCACUACAACCGUGAGCGGAUCCGGCGUGGCGCCACAGUGGAUAAGGCGAUUGCGCGGCGGAACUGCGGGCGGCUGACGCGCAUGUGGCUCAAGGCCGAGCAGGAGCGCCAGCGCAGCUACCUGAAGGACGGACCGUAUGUGAGCGCCGAGGAGGCCGUGGCCAUAUACACCACGGCGGUCCACUGGCUCGAAUCGCGGCGGUUCGCGCCGAUCCCGUUCCCGCCGCUAUCGUACAAGCAUGACCCGAAACUGCUGGUGCUGGCGCUGGAGCGGCUGCGCGAGUCGUAUUCGGUACAGGGCCAUUUGACGUCGUCGCAGCGUGAGGAGCUCGGGCUGAUCGAGCAGGCGUUUGAUGCACCGCACGAGGCCCUGAACCGCAUCAAGCGGCUGCUGCUGACGCAGCGUGCGUUCAAGGAGGUUGGGAUUGAGUUCAUGGACAUGUACUCGCACAUGAUCCCGGUGUAUGACGUUGAGCCGCUGGAGAAAAUCACCGAUGCGUAUCUGGACCAGUACCUGUGGUACGAGGCUGAUAAGCGCCGGCUGUGGGCGCCGUGGAUCAAGCCUGCCGACUCGGAGCCGGCGCCACUGCUGGUGUACAAGUGGUGCCAGGGCAUCAAUAACCUGGACGGCGCCUGGCAGACUAGCAACGGCGAGUGCACGGUGAUGCUGGAGGCCACGUUGGCCAGCGUCUUUGACAAGAUCGACCUGACGCUGCUGAACCGCCUGCUGCGGCUGAUCCUGGAUCACAAUCUGGCUGACUACAUGACGGCCAAAAACAACGUGGUGCUGAGCUUCAAGGACAUGAACCACGUGAACUCGUACGGCCUGAUCCGCGGCCUGCAGUUCGCGCCAUUCAUGUUCCAGUUCUACGGCAUGAUCCUGGAUCUGCUGAUCCUGGGGCUGCAGCGCGCGUCCGAGUUCGCCGGGCCGGCCAACGCGCCCAAUGACUUUUUGCAGUUCAAGGACGUUGAGACCGAGCGGCGCCAUCCGAUCCGCAUGUACAUGCGGUACAUUGACCGGAUCUACAUGCUGUUGCGGUUCGAUGAUGCGGAGGAUUCGCGUGAGUUGGUGCAGCGUUUCCUGACAGAGAACCCGGACCCGAACAACGAGAACGUGGUCGGAUACAACAACAAGCGGUGCUGGCCGCGCGACUCGCGCAUGCGGCUGAUGAAGCACGACGUGAACCUGGGGCGGGCGGUGUUCUGGGACAUCAAGAACCGGAUCCCGCGAUCUCUGACGACCAUCGACUGGGACGAAUCCGACACAUUCGUGUCCGUGUACUCGCAGGACAAUCCGAACCUGCUGUUCGACAUGGCCGGAUUCGAGGUGCGAAUUCUGCCAAAGGCCAGGCAGCUGGGCGAACCGCAGGCAUUGCAGGACGGGUCGUGGGCACUGGUGGACGACCGCACCAAGGAGCGCACGGCGACCGCGUUUUUGCGCGUGGACGAUGCGUCGAUGCAGCGGUUCAAUAACCGCAUCCGCCAGAUCCUGAUGUCCUCGGGCAGCACCACGUUCACCAAGAUCGCCAACAAGUUCAACACGGCGCUGAUCGGUCUGAUGACUUACUACCGCGAAGCGGUGGUGCAUACGCGCGAGCUGCUGGAUCUUUUGGUCAAGGCCGAGACCAAGAUCCAGGCGCGCAUUAUGCUUGGCCUCAACUCCAAAGACAGCAACCGUAUGCCGCCGGUGAUCUUUUACUGCUACGGCGCCGGCCACCGCGAGCUGGGCGGCCUGGGCAUGCUGUCCAUGGGCCAUGUGCUGAUUCCGCAGUCGGACCUGCGGUGGUCCAAGCAAACCAACACGGGCGUGUCGCAUUUCCGCGCUGGCAUGUCGCACGCUGAGGGCCAACUGAUUCCGAAUCUGUUCCGGUACAUUCUGCCGUGGGAGAGCGAGUUCACCGACUCGCAGCGCGUCUGGGCCGAAUACGCACUGAAGCGCCAGGAGGCCAAUGCCCAGAACCGCCGCUUGACACUCGAGGACCUCGAGGACUCGUGGGAUCGUGGCAUCCCGCGCAUCAACACACUGUUCUCCAAGGACCGCCACACGCUGGCCUACGAUAAGGGAUGGCGGCUGCGCACCGAAUGGAAGCAGUACCAGUUGCCCAAGGCCAACCCGUUCUGGUGGACGCAUGCCAAGCACGACGGAAAGCUCUGGCAGCUCAACAACUACCGCACCGACAUGAUCCAGGCCCUGGGCGGUGUCGAGUGCAUUCUCGAGCACUCACUCUUCCGCGGCACCUAUUACCCGACCUGGGAGGGGCUGUUCUGGCAGCAGCAGUGCUUUGCCCGCGGCACCCAGCGACAGCUGACGAAUGCGCAGCGCUCCGGUCUGAACCAGAUCCCGAACCGGCGCUUCACUUUGUGGUGGUCGCCAACAAUCAACCGCGCAAACGUCUACAUUGGCUUCCAAGUGCAGCUCGAUCUAACAGGUAUCUUCAUGCACGGCAAACUGCCGACCCUGAAGAUCUCGUAUGUGAGUCUGUUCCGCAGCCACGCCUGGCAGAAAUCCCACGAAAGCCUGAUUCUCGACCUCUGCCAGGUGCUCGACAAUGAGCUCGAGCCGUUGCAAAUCGAGACGGUGCAGAAGGAGGCCAUUCAUCCGCGCAAGUCAUACAAGAUGUCGAGCUCGGCUGCAGACAUUACCUGCUUCGCCUCGUACAAGUGGCCAGUCUCGACACCCAGCCUUUUGACGGACGCCCGUGACCGCAUGGAUGCCGGCACCACGCAGAAGUACUGGAUUGAUGUGCAGCUGCGCUGGGGCGACUACGACUCGCAUGAUAUUGAGCGGUAUACGCGCGCCAAGUUCUUCGACUACACCAGUGACGGCGUCAGCAUCUACCCGUCGCCAACGGGCCUGAUUAUCGGCGUCGACCUUGCCUACAACAUGUACUCGGCCUACGGCAACUGGAUCCCCGGAAUGAAGCCAUUGAUGCAGCAGGCCAUGGCCAAGAUCAUGAAAGCCAGUCCGGCCCUGCACGUGGUGCGCGAGCGCAUCCGCAAGGCCCUGCAGCUGUUCUCAAGCGAGGCCACGGAAAGCUACCUGAACAGCACCAAUUAUGCCGAGCUGUUCUCGCACCAGACGUGUUGGUUCAUCGACGACACUAACGUCUAUCGCGUCACCGUGCAGAAGACCUUUGAGGGCAAUUUGACCACCAAGCCAAUUAACGGCGCCCUGACCAUCCUUAACCCGCGUACCGGCCAGCUCUUCGUCAAGGUCAUUCACACAUCGGUGUGGGCAGGCCAAAAGCGCCUUGGCCAGCUGGCCAAAUGGAAGACCGCUGAGGAGACCGGCGCCCUGGUGCGCUCACUGCCGGUCGAAGAGCAGCCGAACCAGCUGAUUGUCUCGCGCAAGGGCAUGCUCGAUCCACUCGAGGUCACAAUGCUGGACUUCCCCAACAUCACCAUCCGCGGCAGCGAAAUGCAGCUGCCACUGCAGGCACUGCUCAAGGUUGAGAAGCUCGGCGACAUGAUCCUCAAGGCCACCGAGCCCAAGAUGACGAUGUGGACCUGCUACGACAACUGGCUGGCGACCGUCUCUCCCUACACGGCGUUCUCGCGUCUAGUCCUGAUCUUGCGCGCCCUGCACAUCAACAACGAGCGCGCCAAGAUCAUCCUGCGGCCCGACAAGCACACGGUGACUGAGCCGCACCACCUGUGGCCGACGCUGACGGACGAGCAGUGGAUCAAGGUCGAGAACCAACUCAAGGACCUGAUUCUGGCAGACUACGGCAAGAAGAACAACGUCAAUGUGGCCUCCCUGACAGCCUCCGAGAUCCGCGACAUCAUCCUGGGUAUGGAGAUCCAGGCGCCCUCGCAGCAGCGCCAGCAGAUCGCCGAGAUCGAAAAGCAGGCGCGCGAGCAGGCCCAGAUGACCGCCGUUACCACUAAGACGCAGAACGUCCACGGCGACGAGAUCGUCGUCACCACCACCAGCAACUACGAGUCGCAGACCUUCGCUUCCAAGACCGAGUGGCGCCUGCGUGCCAUCGCUGCGCAGAACCUGCCGCUGCGUACCAAGCACCUGUAUGUCAACAAUGACGAUAUCAGCGACAUGGCGUGCACAUACGUGCUGCCCAAAAACCUGCUCAAGCGCUUUAUCACCAUUGCUGAUCCACGCACCCAGAUCGCCGGCUACCUGUUCGGUGUCUCGCCCAAGGAGAACGAGCAGGUCAAGGAAAUCCGCGCCAUUGCCAUGGUCCCGCAGUGGGCCACCCAUCAGCAAGUCCAUUUGCCCGACAAGAUGCCGGACCACGAGUACCUGCGCGGCCUCGAGCCGCUCGGCUGGCUCCACACCAUGCCCAACGAGCUCCCGCACCUGGCCCCGCAGGACGCCACCCUCCAUGCCCGCACCUUGGCCCGCACUGCCGAGAUCCCGCGCGCCCGCUGGGACGGCGAAAAGACCAUCGUCAUGACCUGCGCCUUCACCCCUGGCUCCUGCUCGCUGGCCGCCUACAAGCUCACCCCGCAGGGCUUCGAGUGGGGCCGCAACAACCAGGACAUGCAGUCUGCCAGCCCCGAUGGCUUCUCGCCCGCCUGCUUCGAGCGCGUCCAGAUGCUGCUCUCCGACCGCUUCAUGGGCUUCUUCAUGGUGCCCGAUGAUGACGGCAUCUGGAACUACAACUUCAUGGGCCCCGCCCACAGGGCCGACAUGUCGUAUGGCCUCCAGCUCGACGUGCCCCGCGACUUCUACGACGAAAUGCACCGUCCCAGCCACUUCAUGAACUUUGCCGAGAUGGAGGGCGGUGUCGAAGACGUCGAUCUGGAAGACGAGUUUGCCUAA